AUCAGUAUAAAGAAGAAAUUCGGACAAGCAGACCUUACUUUCUGAGAUUUCCAAGUCCUAGAAUGCCCCCUAAAGUAAGCGGAAAAGCUGCGAAGAAGGCCGGCAAGGCCCAGAAGAACAUUGCGAAAGGAGACAAGAAGAAGAAGCGCAAGAGGAAGGAGAGCUACGCCAUUUACAUCUACAAAGUCUUGAAGCAGGUCCACCCCGACACUGGCAUCUCCUCCAAAGCCAUGACCAUCAUGAACAGCUUCGUCAACGACAUUUUCGAGCGCAUCGCUGGAGAGUCGUCCCGUCUUGCCCACUACAACAAGCGUUCGACCAUCACUAGUCGGGAAAUCCAGACGGCCGUCCGUCUGCUCUUGCCCGGUGAGUUGGCCAAGCACGCCGUGUCUGAAGGCACCAAGGCAGUGACCAAGUACACCAGCACCAAGUAGAGAGUUCCUCUUGUUCUCUCUACAAACCAAACGGCCCUUUUCAGGGCCACCAAAUUUUAAAGAAAGGAUAAACAUCUAACUACUUUUGACAUUUAUUGUCUAAUCGAGUUCUAAACUGAACCCAUAUUGUUGAUUAGUGCGACAGAACGUUAUGAAAUACUGCGAUCAAGAGCUUUUCUCUAUCUUUCUGCUGAAUUUUAAGUUUGGCAGAUCCGGUUCAAUGCGUUGAUUUUACAUAUUCAUUUGAUUUAGAAAAUGAUUGAUAUUAAAAUUUAUCUCCGUUAGCAACUCCUUCUACAUACUAAGGAACUCUAACCAUAAAAGAUUUUUGUUAAAUAUGAAAGUUAAAAAUAAAAAUACUGCGUAAAAUCUGAGAAAACAAUAUCAAUAACAUAACAGCAUA